AUGGAUCCCAUCGUCGGCAACACGCGUCUCUCCAAGGUGCUCAUGGACGGUGGGAGUGGCCUCAACAUUCUCUACGCCGAUAGCCUCGAUGCCAUAGGGAUCGACUGGGCACGCCUCCGGCCUUCGGAGGCUCCUUUCCACGGCGUCAUGCCUGGCAAGCAGGCGAUGCCACUCGGGCAGAUUGACCUGCCGGUAACGUUUGGGGACCCCUCCAACGUCAGGAAGGAGACCCUUACAUUCGAGGUGAUAGGCUUCAAGGGAGCCUACCAUGCUAUUUUGGGGCGGCCAUGGUACGCGAAGUUCAUGGCGGUACCCAACUAUACUUAUCUGAAGCUGAAGAUGCCCGGGCCGCACGGGGUCAUCACUGUAGGAUCCACUUAUCAGCACGCGUAUAUGUGUGAGGUGGAGAGUUGCAAGUUGGCCUCGGCGGUCCUCGCAGCGGAAGAACUCGCGCUGAUCAGGGAGAAUAUCCCUGCGGAAGCGCCCAACUCCACUCGGAAGGUCGGGUCAUUUGAGCCCACGGAGAGCAUCAAGGAGAUUUCUCUCGACCCCCUGGGAUCGAGCGAAAAGAAGCUGAGGGUCAGCGCAACGCUAACCCCCAAAUAG